AUGGCAGGGUGGGGUGGGGCCAACGCACCGUACGCUUUGUUGCAUAUCCCGACGCCUCGAGACGCACCGCACACACGCACACGCCUAUCGGUGGCCACUUUCCGCAUGUUCAGCCACACGGGGGGAGGGGCGGUCGCGCCCGUCUGUCUAAGGGGCGAACGCGUGAGGGCGGGAAUGAAUGCACGGGCCGACGCGCACACGGCCGACACCAGCCCUACCCGCGCCCCUAGGGCUUCGCCCUCGACCCACAAUGUAACCGCC